AUGUCGCUCACAAAUAUUGAAACAGAGGCUUUCGUCGUGACGGAGCCAAAGGCGCCCUUCAAGCUUACACCCAUCAGUCUCGACGAGGUGCGCGGAAAAGAAAUACUCGUUGAGAUGAAAUACUCUGGGAUCUGCCAUACCGACAUCGUCGUCCAACAGGGACUCCUACAGCACCUCACAGAUUACCCAGUCAUCUUAGGCCACGAGGGCGCAGGGAUUAUUAAAGCCAUCGGCGCAGACGUCAGGGACAAGUCCCUCCGCGUGGGCGACCAGGUCCUCCUGUCUUAUACGACCUGCCAGAACUGCGGCCCCUGCCUCGAGGACCGCCCGACGUUCUGCAAGACGCACACCGAGGUCAACUUCAACGCCGUGCGGGUCGGCGACAAGAGCACGCCGGCGAGGCUGGCCGAUGGCAACACGAGCGUCAGGAGCCAGUUCUUUGGGCAGUCGUCGUUCGCGAGGCUGUCCGUCGUCCAGGACUUCAGCGUGGUCAAGUGCCCCGUCCCGGAUAUCCUUCCGUGCUACGCCCCGCUGGGCUGCGGGUUUCAGACUGGGGCUGGGACGGUGCUUAAGGCCGUCAGGCCCGCGAAGAGUGCACGUGUCGUUGUAUUCGGCCUGGGCAGCGUUGGUAUUGCGGCUCUCAUGGCGGCUGUCCACUUGGAGGUCAAGCAGGUCAUCGGUGUCGACAUUGUGGACAGCAGGCUAGAGCUGGUGAAGGAGCUGGGUGCGACGGACGUGGUCAACCCCGCCAAGGAGGGCGGCAACCUUGCCGACCGGUUGAGAGAGCUCACAGAAGGCGGUGUUGAUGUGGCCAUCGAUUGCAGUGGGGCGCCGUCGGCUCUGCAAGCCGCGGUUGACUGCCUCGGCCACGGUGGCCAGGCCAUUUCAGUUGGCGUGCCUCCCCCAGGGGUGAAGAUCGACAUCGAGACGCAAUCGUUCUUCAUGUCGCAUAAGAGUUACAGGUCUGUGAUUGAAGGCGGAGCAACUCCAACCGAGUUCAUCCCUGAGCUCAUUGAGCUCCAUCGGAAAGGCAGGUUCCCGGUGGACAAGCUCUGCAAGGUGUACUCCAUCAAGGACUUCGAUCAGGCUCUCAAGGACAUGCAUGACGGCAAAGUCGUCAAACCAAUUAUCAAGUGGGAUUAA